UUUAGAGGUGAUUUUGUGCUUCUUAAUGCUUCUAAUUUAGUGCGAAUAAAUCUUGGAUAAGUUAUUUUUAAUUAAUUAAAUUAAAAUUAAAACGAAUCAAAAUUAAGCCGAUAAAGUAGUUUUCGUGAAACGAUGUGUUAACCUCAAAAUCCGAAAUAACCGGAUUAAUUUAAUUAUAAAAAAUUAAUUAAAAACUUGUUAAAUAAUGUCUUUAACCCGUUUAAACGGCAAUUUAUUAAUAAAAAGAAUCCUAACCUCAAAAAAAUACUCGACAUUAACCCUCGAAGAUGAAUACACAAAAACGCCUCAAUACCCCGAAAUUCUCGACGUGUCUUACGAUGCGAAACUUGAUAGAAAAAAGCAAAGCGUCUACAACGAACUGCAAAGUGUUAAAACGGUCGAGGAGAAACAAAUAAAAUUAAACAUGCCGAAAUACUACGGAUUUAAGUGUUACAUGUUUAACGAGAAUUUAAUUCCUUACGAUCAAUUGGAUUUGACACAACAUAUAACGCGUACUCAUUUAGUACUAAACGAAAAGUUGCCUCAGUUUUAUAAUGAAAUUGAUGAGAAGGUGUUUAACGAGGUUAAAAGUGGUGUCGAGGAGGUUAUUUUAACUGAAUCGUAUUUAAAUGGAAAGGAAAAAUUUGUUUUUAAUGUGGUUAAAGGUUUAAAUCGUGUUUUUAUGAAUUCUUUAUCGAAACAUAAAGAAUAUUUAAAAGAAAUUCAGGUUGAUUUUGAGCCUAGAAUUGAAUCAUUUUGGUUCGCAGGGGGGAUGGCUCCCCCUGAAAAUGUAAAGCGGUAUCGUAAAGGUCAAGAAUUUCAAAAACACAAAGAAAAUGAUCCAACGAAUCGUGCUAUUCAAUAUAUCGGAAACCCCUUGCUACAAAUUCGUUCUAAAUUACCCUUAAAACCGGUCCUUUCACCCAAAAGUGUUGAAGAAGGGGAUUAUCCUGUUCCUUUUUUUAAAUAUGAUCCAAGAGUUGUUGGUGUUGAUACAACUCAUCGACAUGCGACUAAUAUUCCUGGUUUUUGGCCGGGUGAUAACUCAAAAUUUGGUUUGAUUUCGUUCCACGAUUCAUCCCACAUUUCAAAACGCGAUUAUAACGAUGCGGAAGAAUCGAAAGAAGCCGUUCAUCGACAAGGAAUUUUAGCAAGUUUUUCUUGGUUAAACUCCCAAGCUAAUAAUUUAGGUUUUACAACAUUCAACGAACUCACUUAUCCACUUUUUACUCAAACGAUUCUCACAAACGGACAACAAUUUUCUUUCUAUCUUUACCAAUUAAACACUCUUCUUAUUCAUUCUAAUUACGUCAAAGAUAACCCGCAAAAAAAUGUUUGUUAUGCCACUCCAGAAUUAAAACUCUACGAAGAAAUCGUUGAUGGAAAAUUAAUCGGUUUUAACGACGAUGUUCUCAAGAACUUAUUAAAGUUGUAUUUAAACGAACCCGAGGAGCGUUUAGGUGUGAAAAUGACGCCAUAUUUGAGUCAGGAAGAAAAGGUUUGUGCUGAUUAUAAAGAUGUUGAUAAAAGGAUAUGGUUAGAACGGGAAUUUAAGUUUUUAACGUCGAAUCGGCCCAGAUAUAAGUUGGAUUAUGAAGUGUACGCUUGGGAGAAAAUUUAUAAGAUUGAUCAUGAAACGAGACCCAUGGAGGCGAGGAGGAGACCUUUCGAACUUUUCCAAAAACCUAGUGAUAGGAGAUUAAAUGAUCGACAAGCAUUUUAUAUCCCUAAAGUUUUAAGACCAAAUUUGCCUAAACAAAAAGGUCGAUAUGCUAAAGAAUAUUUCCCUUAAUUUUUUUAAUUGUUUUUAGUUCAAGAAAAAGUAUAAACAAAGAAAAUAAUUAUUAAAUUAAUAAAUGUUUGAAACGAAAUUUAUUUGAGGUUAUGUUGAGUUUUAUCCUUGUUCUACUUUACCGACAUCAUUUAACCCAAAAGAUGGCGGUAGUGGUUAUUGAUUAAAUUAACCGAAUUAAUUAA